AAAUCCGUUGCAUCCCAAAUCCCUUACGUCCUCUGCUCCCUCCCCUCUCCUCGACUCAGACUCCCUACAUCUCCUUCGGCGCCAAAUGACCCUGCUGUUGCGCCGCCAAGCAUGAUACUCCCUACUAAAUCAACUAAAUCUUGCAUUCCUGAUGAUCUCCUUCCCUGCAGAUGCGAAAGAGCCAGCUAGCUGUGUUGACCGGGCUUGUCCUCGUGGUCCAGCUGGGGUGCGACGCGAAGCCCCAGUCCGUCCAGGUCAACAACCAGGCCCUGUUCACCCUGGGGGCGGUGGCGCUCGCGGCCGGCCUGGGGUACCAUUUCGGCCAGAAGUCGACCAACAACCGCAGGCCGCAGAGCCAGUUCCAGAACCAAGCCUUUGUGCCAGGAUUCUUCGUCGACCGUCGCCAGGCAGAGCCAGAGGAAUGAGUUGGAUCCCUGGUGGACGAAGCUCUUCAAGAUGGCUUUGGACAAGGACCGAACAACUGGCAGUCUCCGCCUAA